AUGUUUUUUAAGCAAUUUAUAGCGGCUUUCAACCAAAACAUAAUUCCUGUCCGUUAUGAAAGAUCUUUUAGAGGAUUAAAAAAGUUGAUGGAAAGGCAAGGUUUAGUACCUUUUAGUGAAGAUGAUCAGGCUUUUAAUCAUUUGGAAAGGAGGGCUGGAAUGUUGAAGCCAAUACAUACUGUGGAGGAACAAAUUGAAUAUAUGGCUAGUGAAGCAUAUUGGAAUGUCUACAAAGACAGACCAAUUUGGGAAACUUCUUGGAAACGCAAUUUACGUACACAAUUAAAAUGGCAGCCUCCAACAAGACUUUUUUGUAUUGAUCGAAAUGGACGUUUUAAUGUAAAUAAUGCUUGCCCUGUUUGUCGAGACGAAUAUUUUUUCUUUGAUUACAGGAAUCCAAAAUUAAUGCAACAUUUUUUACAACCUGGAACUGAUUUGCCCAUAUCCAAUUUAAAAACUGGUUUGUGUAUUGAACAGACAAUCAAUUUACAAGCUCAAGUGUUGAAAGCAAAGGAAAAUGGUUUUAAAAUUUUUUUUUUAAUUUUUUGA